CAGCGGUUCCAUCUUGGACCCUCCUCCAGCUGUUGUCCCCUGGUAACCUCCCACCUCUCACCCCUUUGCAUUACCAAGGCCACAUUAUCUAAAUGGGAUCUUAACUUCUACUUUAGUUGCAAAAGGCUGACUUUUGACGGCGAAGCACAGCCCAUGUGGAUUUCCUGUUGUGAGGAGGACGGGGCGCUGAACUGUAUAUUCACCAGAAUCCCAGGACAAUGACUCAGUAGCUUGUAAUCAGCCGACCUGGUGGUGGGAGACAGUGUGAUCUGAUCUCUUCCACAAGGACAGUGCAGUCUCACUCCGGAGCGGCUUCGUCGCCCUUUUUUUUGUUGCACCGCGCAUUGUGCCUUUAAAAGGUUGAACUCGCUGAUCUACGGUGUAAGAGCACUGGACAAUUUUCCCACUCGCCUCAGCUGUGCCUGUCUCCCAGCAGUGACAUGGCAUAGAGGCGGCGUGCUGUCAGCAGCAGCAGCAGCAGCAGCAUCCUGCACCAUGGACGCUCGCCGACGGUGGAAGCGGAGCGGAGCCUUCGCCGCGCUGGGCACGAUGCUGCCCGCUUGGAUAUUACUGAACGCGGUGUCAGGACUGAAGGCGGAGGACGACGCAAUGGAAGAACUUGUCACAGAGAAGGAAGCUGAGGAAAGUCACCGACAGGACAGCGUUAAUUUGCUGACAUUCAUUUUACUGCUGACCUUAACGAUCCUCACCAUAUGGCUCUUCAAGCACAGGCGGGUCCGUUUCCUUCACGAAACCGGACUGGCAAUGAUUUACGGUUUGCUGGUAGGUGUGAUUCUGCGGUAUGGCAUCCCUGCCACCAGCUACCACAACAAGACACCCCCAAGCUGCUCGCUGAAGGAAGGACCUGUCAGCACCCUGCUGCUUAAUGUCAGCGGCAAGUUCUUUGAGUACACCCUCAAAGGGGAGAUAAACUCCAAAGAGAUUCACAAUGUGGAGCAGAAUGAUAUGCUGCGAAAGGUAACAUUUGACCCUGAAGUAUUCUUCAACAUUUUGCUGCCUCCAAUUAUUUUCCACGCUGGCUACAGUCUGAAGAAGAGACACUUCUUCAGGAAUCUGGGCUCCAUCAUAACCUAUGCGUUUCUCGGCACUGCCAUCUCAUGUUUUGUUAUUGGGAACCUGAUGUACGGUGUGGUCAAACUGAUGCAAGUGGUCGGACAGCUGACUGACAAGUUCUACUACACUGACUGCCUUUUCUUUGGUGCCGUUAUCUCUGCCACAGACCCAGUGACAGUGUUGGCUAUCUUUAAUGAGCUCCACGCAGAUGGGGAUCUCUACGCUCUGCUGUUUGGAGAAAGUGUUAUGAAUGAUGCAGUGGCCAUAGUGCUUUCAUCGUCUAUUGUGGCUUACCAGCCCAGUGGAGCAAACACACACAUGUUUGAUGCCUCAGCAUUUUUCAAGUCAGUGGGGGUUUUCCUGGGUAUUUUCAGCGGCUCCUUUGUGAUGGGUGCCGCCACAGGAGUAGUCACCGCUCUCGUAACCAAGUUCACCAAGCUGCACUAUUUCCCGCUGCUGGAGACGGCCCUCUUCUUCCUCAUGUCCUGGAGCACCUUCCUGCUGGCCGAAGCCUGCGGGUUCACAGGCGUUGUGGCCGUGCUGUUCUGUGGCAUCACACAGGCUCACUAUACCUACAACAACCUCUCUGAAGAGUCCACAAAACGCACCAAGCAGCUCUUUGAGGUCCUUCACUUCCUGGCUGAGAAUUUCAUCUUCUCCUACAUGGGGCUGGCUCUGUUCACCUUUCAGAAUCACAUUUUCAGCCCUAUCUUCAUCAUAGGGGCCUUUAUCGCCAUAUUCAUCGGAAGAGCUUUCAACAUUUACCCGCUGUCCUUCCUGCUCAACCUCGGCAGGAGGCACAAGAUCAAGGGAAACUUUCAGCAUAUGAUGAUGUUUGCUGGUCUGCGGGGGGCGAUGGCGUUUGCCUUGGCCAUUCGAGACACGGCCACCUACGCCCGCCAAAUGAUGUUCACCACCACGCUGCUCAUUGUCUUCUUCACUGUCUGGGUGUUUGGUGGUGGGACGACACCCAUGCUGUCCUGGCUACAUAUCAGCAAAACAUUGCAGAAAGAGCGACGUCAGCAUGGAAAGUGGGCGUACUCCAGGGUUGGUGUGGACCCAGAUCAAGACCAGCAGUCUGGUGGAGACAGCUUCCAGGUCUUACAGGGGGAUGGCACCCAGGCUGAAGGUCAAAGUAAAACCAAACAGGAGAGUGCGUGGCUCUUCAGACUGUGGUACACCUUUGAUCACAAUUACCUUAAGCCCAUUCUGACACACAGUGGUCCACCCCUCACCUCCACUCUGCCUGCCUACUGUGGACCACUGGCGAGCUGUCUGACCAGCCCUCAGGCUUAUGAGAACCACGAGCAGCUGAGGGAAAACGACUCUGACCUCUGUAAUGAGGGUGACCUGACCUUCAUGUUUGGUGACACUGCCAUCACAGCCAACGGGGCGUCAGGGGGCGGGGGUGAUGCAGCCGGAGGGUCGAGCUGGAGUGUGAAUGGCAAAAGGAGUGGCAGUACCUCAGAGGAGGCACUGGAACGUGAGCUGGACUCCCGUGAGCAGGAGUUGCUGAGCCGUGGAACACGACUGGUUUUCCCCAUCGAGGAUCACAUCUGACCCUCCCAUCUUUUUGCUUGCAAUGUCAACCGACCCAGACCUGAUCCCCAGACCACCUCACUCACCCUCAAGCUCUCUCUACAUCCUGCUGACAGAGGGUCCAGUGCUUCAGAGAUAAGACUAAGUGGAGAUAUGGGAGCAGACAAGAAGGGAGGGUUCAGAGUGACUCUGAAAUCCCUUCUGACCUGGGAGCAGAGUUCAAGGAGCAUUUCAUCCUCAUUAUAGAGCUGGAGUAUGUUCUCCAGCAGACAUAUGUCAUCCAGUGCGUCCAGAGAUGAACUAUCUCUGUGCUUAUACUGUGAUUCAGUUUUACUGAUUGUUUCCUCUGCGCAAACAGGAGGGGAACCUUUAUGCAGGAUACAAGGACAAAAAGUCCUAAUGCAAGAUUCAGUCUGCACUUUUGAACAUGUGACACUGUAUGUUCAGCUAGAGUUGAAAAAAAAAAUAGAAUAAUGGGGAAGAAAAGGCUGGCAGCCCUCUCCGAUCCUCGUUUUAUCUUCUUCUGUAAUCACACCCCAUCUAGAUGCUGAAAUGAGGCCAUACUCACCAAACUUGAAUAGUUCAUAAAUCAGAAAAAAGUUCUCUGCUCAGUGUGCAUUAUCCAUCUGAAGCUGCAAAUAGACCAGUGUGUGGUAUGUUUGUGAGCAUGUUCUUCGUUUCACACAAAAGCAUCUGUGUGGAGGAGAUGAGGAUGUGAGGAGCACAGAGGACAGUGAAUGAAAUACCCUUUCAACCACCACAGCCUAUCAUGGGUAGAGUAACAGGACUGAAGAAUGUGAGCAUGUAAAUAGCUACAAUGCUGAGCUUUGUUCCUUUUUAGUGGGACUGCUCCUCAGUGCAGAACAUCCUGUGACUGUUACAAAUAGCACCUGCGUAUCUUAUCUAGAUCUUUUUCUCUGUACUGGUUUGGUUUUCACAGUAAUAAUGUGGGGAAAGAAGGGUUUUUAUACUAACUAUGUGUUUCUUAUGAUUUAAUGCUGAUUUCCCCAAACUUUAAAAACUGACACUCUAAUACAGUCAAUUAGCAAUUUUAGCACUGCAAAAUAAACAGUCGGUCUUUGAUCAUAAUUUGCAAUCCUUUGCAAAAAUUCUGUAUUGUCUACUGAUAAAUAUGAAAUUAUCUGAUGCAGUCACUGAUGUAUGGCUGUAGCUGGCAGUUAUGAUCAUCCAUUGAUGAAUCUGAUGAGUUCUUAAGUUUCUAAAAUUUCAGAAAAAUUUUUAAAAAAGGUCCAUCACAGCCCAAGCUGGUAUUUUUUUAAUUCCUUGUUUUAUCCAAUCAGUAGUCUAAAAUCCAUCCAAAGACUAAGUUAACUUUUAAACAUAAGAAAGAACAGCUAUGAGUCCUCACUUGGAGAAGCUGGAACCAGUGAAUAUCUGACAUUUGUGAAUCAGAUUUUGUGAAAUGAGACAUGAGAAAUGUUAUCGCUACCAAUGAUAAAGGAAGUGCUUGAGCAUGAGCACACAGAGGUGUAGUUGCCCUCUACCUGCAUCAACAGAGUUGACAAAAUAGUGUGUCUGGGCUAAGUCACUCCAAAUAUUGACCUCAAAUACCAGUCGAAAUGGUUAGGACUUAAACAGAAUGAUGAGGUGAAUUGGCCUCAUAAAUCACCAACACACAGAUAAUGUAUGGGUUAUUUUGUAAAUUUAGUAUCUCACAAGUAGUUUGUAAACUUUAGUUCCUGUAUUAUCGAAUAUAAACUAUAGAGCCAUUUUGUCCUGUUAAUGUUCAAUGCCUUGAUUUUUUUUAAUACAUAAAAGAUUGAGUUUGUGCAAUAAGAGUUAGGUGAUAAAUCAAAUGCUCGUCUGUUAACUCUGAAGCUAAAUAUGAAGUGACAGUCAGAAGUCAACCUUAGCUUAGCACAGAGACUUGAAAUAGGGGGAAAUGGUUAGGCUAGUUCAUGUAAAGCGAGCUAACACACUAUAGCACGCCCCCCCUACACACACACAACACACACAAAAAAACA